CAAAUUGAAGCUUAACCUAUUUUUGGUGUCCAAAAUGAGAAAAUUGGUAGACAUGCGCUGAAAUCGCAGAGAACCCAUUUACCAUAUAUUCUCUCUCUCUCUCUCCAUAACCAACCAACCCCCACCACCAAUCUGUCACCCCUCCUACUAUUUUAGCAUUUUUUCCACCAUUUUCAAACUCACAACAUCUCUCUCUCUCCCUCUCCCUCUCUCUACCUCCAUAGAGAUACCGCUUCGGUGAGAGAGAGAAUCGAUAAUUCGAGCACGGUUUCAAAUUUUCCGCUCUAGCCCUCAAUCAAUUUCGCUAAUCAAAUAAUCAUGCCGUCAGGCGCCAAGAAGCGAAAAGCUGCCAAGAAAAGGAAGGGAACUCAGCCCAACAACAAUCCCAAUCCGUCCCCUGCUGCUUCUACACAAGGGGGUAGUGAUGUGAAGCACCAAGAUGAUAGGCAGAGCGAUGUAGGCGAGGCUAGCUCGACCGCGUCUCAGGAACACCCAAGCCACCACGACCUUCUGACCGAGGGUGAGGAAGAGAAGAUUGAGACUAGGGAGAAUGCUUCCAAUCUUCCUCAAGUGGAGGGUGUGAAGAUUGAGGGUGACCACAUAGUGGUAGAGGGGAAAGCUGUCAAGAUUGAAGAUGAAUUCAGUGGAAAGUUUGAGCAUGAAGAAACCGAAAGAAAAUCAUAUGAUGGGGGAUCGUCCGGGAGCUCAAGCAGCAGCAGCAGCAACAGCUCGGAUGAUGAGUCUCAUGCUGUCAAGAGUAGUCGUGCUGUGAUUCAUACUGUGCCCGCUACCAUCAUGAUUGGAGAGGCAAGUGAGGCGGUUGUGGAUUGUGUGCCACCUGUCGUCUCGGAUAAGGUUUCAUUGUUGAGCGAAGGUGUGGAAGGGGACACGAGUGCUCCAUCUAAAUUUAAGGAAAAUGGUUCUGUUGUGGAGGAAGCAACCGUUCCAUCUGUUGAGAAUGUUGACGCGGCUUCAGAUGAAAAGACGUGUGCAGUGGCAGAAACUGAUGAACGGUUGAGUCUUUCGUACAAUGCCCCUAUAGCAACUCAUGAUAAUGGAGCAGAUCUUGAGAAAGAUUCUGGAGUUACUAAGCCAUUGCUGGUUCCCCCUCCUCGUCCGGUGCAAACGACAUCCUGGAAGGGUUGUUGUGGACUAUUUGAACUGUUCACAGGGUCGGAUAGAUAAAUUUACGAGUUAGAGCAUGCGAAUACCUUUUCCUUAUGCCUAGCUGGGAGAGAUUUUCCUGCGGGAGCUGUUCGUGAGCACGCCUCUUCGACUGUCAUAUUCUAAAGAAGAAUAGCUAGCGUUGCAAGAACGUGGUCGCGGGCUAGAAAAGUCUCACUAGUGUUUUGGCAUUACGUGCUAUAAAGUAGUUUUGUGUGGUGCAAGUUUUUCCUUCAUCUUUGCAGCGGAUAGACGAGUUUUCUUCUUGAGUUUCGUGUGACGAUUUCUUGGCGCAGUUUGAUAUUGCUUGAGGAACCUUUGUAGUUGUGAAACCUUGAAAAUUUUCGUUCAUUUUUUUCUUCUUUUCUUGUUCGAGUCUGUGUAGUAGUCAGAUUUCUGACCAUGUUUCAUCGUACGGUUGUUGCUAGUGAUAUGGUGAUUGCUACAUAUUAUUAUGUGUA